ACAAUCAAUUGGAGUAUGUUAUGGCACACUUGGUGAUAAUUUACCCCAAUCAAGUGAAGUUGUAGCUCUCUACCAAUCCAAUAACAUUACAGCCAUGAGACUCUAUGAUCCCAAUCUUUCUGCUCUUGAAGCUCUCAGAGGCUCAAAUAUUGAAAUAAUGCUUAGUGUUUCCAAUGAUAAUCUCCAAAGUUUCGCUUCUGAUCCUUCAGCAACAAACGUUUGGGUGCAAACCAAUAUUAAACCUUAUUCAUCACAAAUUAAAUUCAAGUACAUAGCAGUUGGAAAUGAAGUUAUUCCCGGAAAGAUGGCACAAUAUGUGCUCCCAGCUAUACGAAAUAUUCGCACUGCAUUGUUGUCAGUGGGCAGGGAAGAUGAAAUCAAGGUUUCAACUGUAGUAUUCCUAGCCACAUUUUUCCUAGCUAAUACAUUUUCCUCACCUUUAGCUGGGUUAUUCUCCUCUGAAGUGAUGUUAAAUUUAGUACCUAUCAUCCAAUUCUUAAAUUCAACUGGAUCACCUCUUCUAGUUAAUGUGUACCCUUACUUAACUUAUAUUAACAACAAGGACAUCAUUGAUAUAAACUAUGCUCUAUUUACAUCUCCUGGGACAGUGGUGACAGAUGGAUCUUUCAAAUAUCAAAACUUGUUUGAUGCCAUGCUUGAUACAAUGUAUUCAGCUUUAGAAAAGGCUGGUGGAUCUAAUGUGGGUAUUGUGGUAUCAGAGAGUGGUUGGCCUUCCGCUGGCGGAGAUGCAGCAAGUGUUGAUAAUGCUAGGACUUAUUACCAAAACUUGAUUAAUCAUGUGGGGAAAGGAACACCAAAGAGACCUGGAGCUAUGGAGGCUUUUUGUUUAUGCAAUGUUCAAUGA